UCGCCAGGAGCUGGUCGCUCAGUGCGCUGUCCGAGGUGAGCGCUUCGACUUGAGGCCGUGAUUUACACCGCCGGUGUUCGGAAUGCAGGAUUUUUAAUAAUAGAUAAAUAAAAGAUAGACGAAAAACAAUCGGAUCGUUAUAAUACGACGACGGAUGACACGCGUUGAGAAUUGUCGAGCGAGUUCGCAACUUGCGGAGAAACUGCGACUCGGAUAAAAAGUUGGAGUCGAAUUUUUGUGAAAUUCUAUCUCAAUCUCGAUUCUGCUACGGUGGAUCAAUUUUUUUUUUUUUUUUCAAAUUCAAUUGGUGAAAGUCGUACUCUGUUUUUAGUUUGCUUUUUUUUAACCUCAUGCGAACAGUGCGUCGAAAAAUUGAAUUUUAAUAUCACGCGUAAUGUAUAACGAGCGGGGAUUUAAUAACGAAAUUAAAGAAUUAUCGUGCAACGAAACUGUGCUGCAGUGAUUCGGUGUGAUUUUAUAAAGAUUUACGACUUGAAAUAUAGACAGUGAUUAAUGGUGAAUAUGUAUCUACAUUACAUACGCUAAGGAUAUGAAAAAUAUUUCAACUCGUCCUGACGAUUGUACCACGUACAAUAACGAACUGUGUAUGUGUGUUCGAUGAAGUAUUUUCCCUCGUCGAACGGUGUUUGUUUGUUCAAAAUUGAAACUCGUACGUAACUUGGGUGUCUCGUUACACGUAUCGUCGGUGGAAUUAUUUACUCUCAAAUAUAUACAUUUAUACAGAGUGUCCGGUGUGUGGAAAAAGAAUUUCCGCACUGUGUAAAUAACUCGACUUGGGAUGCCGGACUGUUACAGUGUUUACAUUGGCCGAUUAAAGCGGUGCUAAUGUCAAUCAAUCUACGCUCGAUAACGCGGAAGAAACACAAAUCCCGGCAAUUAAUUAAAUUGCAGGAAUGCGCGGUGUAGAAUCAAUCAAGCGAAAUUCCCGUUUACGUUUAACUGGCGGAGAAAACUUGUGCAGUUGGAAAUUUUAAAAGAAAAGGAAUCGAAGAAAAAACGUCAUAAAUCACCGUACGAAGUCUGUGUAUAAAAUAAAAAUUUCGGUUUGGUUUGAACUUCGUCGCUGUAGUGGAGCUGUAAAAUAAAAAAAAGUGAUACGUAAUAAACGAUCAUAAAGCUGAACAAUGCAGAGCUUGGAGGUGGAUGAUCCGACUUCGAGUGUUGUGGCACUGCGUCAUGUGAUCAAAGAAUAUACUACGCUGAUAGAAAAAUUGAGAGAAUCGACUUGAGAAGAAUGCGUGAGAUUGUCUCUCGCGAUCAGGACUAAAAUGUGCUUAUUCCUUUAUAAAUACGCAGCGAGUAUAUUCGUGUUUAACUAAAAAUCGAGCAUGACCGCGUUUCGAAUCGCGUUGAGUAAGUCGCAUAAAUUUAAAAGGUGAUGAUCAACGAGGAAAAUAUCGCGAUACGUAAACUUGGGCCUAAAUCGUACUACGAGAAAAUUUCACCGAAUCGAAGUUUGUUUCCAAUUAAUCGGCAAUUUGAAAAUUUUGCGAUUAGCGCGCAGAUGAACUUACCUAGUGUUAGCACCUGUGUUUCCGGCAAGAACAAUUCGUUUAUUUCCUAAUUGGAAAAGUAAUCGUCUCACUUAAAAUCAUACGGUUGAAAUUAAUUUUUCCGAUUAGCGAUAAAUAUCCGGUAUCGUGUGUCGCGGUAAUCAAUGAAAAUAAGAGUGAAAAAAGAAAUAAUAAAAUAAAAAACAUGCAUUGGACAAACAUUUGAAAAAUCAGCGAACCAAUGCGGUACGCUGAACCAAAGUAUCAAAAUGUCGGAAGUAUACCCAGUGAAUAGUACGUCUUACUUUUCUUCAAAUGUAACGAACGGAUCUACGGAGAACAAUACUUCGAAAUAUUUCACGACCAAACAACCGCUGGAAUGCGAUACUCCGGUAGGAGAGGGUGCCCUUUUAGAAUUCAUCACCAGUGGUAUUCUACUGAAUGUGGUGGGUCUGUUCGGAUUAUUCGGCAACAUCAUUUCGAUGAUCAUACUUUCCCGGCCCCAGAUGAAAUCCUCGAUCAACUACUUAUUGAUCGGCCUAGCGAGAUGCGACACCGUCCUCAUUUUAACUUCGGUUUUCCUGUUCGGACUGCCGGCCAUCUAUCCUCAAACCAAUGUUUUGUUCAAUUACAAGUUUUUCGUCUUCCCAAGGCUGGUGAAGUUCUUGUAUCCGUUGGCCACGAUCGCGCAAAUGGUCUCAGUUUACCUCACCUUGACCGUAACUAUGGAACGGUACGUGGCCGUCUGUCAUCCCCUGAGGGCACGCUCCAUGUGCACCUAUGGCAGGGCGCGGAUGGCUGUCCUCUGCAUCAUCGUCGUCUCUGUAAUAUACAACAUACCGAAAUUCUGGGAAAUGACGAUCACCGAAGAGAUUCACUGGAAGUACAAAGUGCCGGUAUAUUGCGCAAACGCAACGAAGAUGAGGGUUGACGAACUAUAUCGUGCGAUCUACAUCAAUUGGAUGUACUUUAUUUUCUACUAUGCCAUUCCGUUUACAUUGCUCACAUGGUUUAACAUGGAAAUAUAUCGACAGGUGAGAAAGGCAAACAGAGAGCUGCAGAAUCUGUCGCAUCACCAGCGGAGAGAAAUUGGUUUGGCAACAAUGCUGUUGUGCGUUGUGAUAGUCUUCAUAGUUUGCAACAUAAUACCACUAGCGACGAACAUCUGCGAAACCUUUUACAACAAUAUACCGAUGUGGCUGGUUCAGAUUGGAAAUCUAAUGGUGACGAUCAACAGCAGUGUAAAUUUCAUAAUCUACGUGAUAUUCGGUCGGAAAUUCAAGAGGAUCUUUCUCAGGUUAUUCUGUAGCUCUCACAUAUUCGGCGCGGGUCGAGACAGUCCGGAAUUUCCUACCAACGACGAAUCCGUCGUGACCAACGUUACUAACAUCGAGUUGCGAAACUCGAUACGUCGCUGUCAGGUGCACAGGUCGAGCACGAGGAACAGCAGGAACAACAACGUGCACCUCUCCAACGGCAAUUCUCACUCCCGACAAAGCCCCAAACCCAAAGUGUGGUCGGCCACUCCGGCACCCUGCGUAUAUUAUCCGGCCCAAAGCCCGGCGAGGAGUCCGAGUCAAAUGUCACGAACCCUAAGUGGGCAAAACGGCUGGGACAAGAACAAUGUCAUGGAGACGGUGAUCCAGUAGUCGGGGAAAAUCCGAAUAUUACGACACCGAUGUCGAUUCCGACGCCCCCCCCAAGGACUCUGCACACGAUUCUUCUUCUCGGCGGUGUCAGCUUGACCCUCUUGGCAAUGCGCGCGCUGCAAAUAGCAUCUGGUAAUAAAACGCGGGGAGGAAAAUAUGUCGAACCGAGUCGCGACGGUACAAAGUAGAGAAUGCGGGAAUGUACGGAGUAAGAAGAGUAGCCGAAUUGCUUUGUGGAAGAGAGUAAUUUUUGUAAUCUUCGAGACAGGGUGAGGACCGGUAUAAUAUCCGACUGUAACGAGAGCUUACAGCAUUUGAACGAAACGGCAAGUAUUUAUUGGGAAAAUUCGCCAACCUUCGCAACGUUCAACGAUUUAUGUGAAAAUUUGUAGCUUGCAGUCUUUGCCCAUUGUCAAAUAAUUGUCUCUAAAAUUGUGUAUGCAGCAUUAUUCCAUUGUCGUGGGAUUCGGAGGAAUUCGCGGUCACUUUCUUCCUUCCUUUUUCCUCACCUGGUAGGUUUACCUUUAAUCUCCACGUGUCGAAAUCCCCGCCCUAUUUUCAGGACAGCAAGCUGUGUCGAAGUCGCAGAGAAGUCAAAUGCGAUAUUUGAAAUCGAUGCAUAUAUCGCAGUCUGGCAGACGACGAGGUGCGUGAAAAAAUAGAAUUUCUUUCUAUUUACUAUUUUGACGACAAGUAGAGGCGCCUGAUAUCCCCAGAAAAAUUUAUUUUUAUGUUCAGUAGUUCUCAACUCCGGACUAAGCGUUGAUUACUUCACUCAACUUUAACACGGGAAGCACAUUAAAAAAAUCUCGUCAAUGAAGCAGAAUUUUUUUCAAUGUCACGCAUGCGGCAUUGUAAAAAAAAAUCACACGCGAACGCAAUUAUCAGGGACCGCUAAUUCUCAUAUCUCAAAUAACACUGCCCGUGCACAUAUAUAACCGGAUUCUUCAUGUUUUCCUCUUCUUCUUAGUCAAUAUUCAUAAAAAUCUAACCGGCCUCAAUCACAUCUAUAGAAAAUACGCCCUCCGCAUAUGAUUGAAAAAGUUUUCAUUGCAUCUAAAUUCCAUAUCGAACAAUUUUCAAACUGUACCAACUUCAGCGAGUCUGAAUAUAAAUAUUAAAAAAUCUUAUUUGUCCAGUUUCACCGUCGGAACAUUUACAACGCUUUGUUCAAAUCCAACGAAUCGACAAUAUGACGGCUAGCCGCGAAGCUCGAGGAUAAAUUUGCAGUUUCGAAUAAAAGUCUUCGUCCGAACAAGGUUGUUAUGUUCAUUCUAUGUUUUAUCUAUGAAAAACAAAAAGUUCACACAAACCGCACUCCUCGCUGGCAACUUAUAGUUACAAAUAUAUUAUAAGCGUAACGUAUCUACGCAUGUAGUAAGUCUUUACUUACAUACAGCUUCGUAUAAAUUUUACGUGGAUAUCUGUAAAAUAUACUUGCCGUGCUAUUUAUUUAAAGCGCUAACGUAAAGAGGUACUAAAUCACGCCAAAAUCGUUAUAAACUUGGUAACGAUCCACUAAAUAGACUGAUUUUAUGUUCUAUUAUAAAUUAUCUACAUACGUACUUCUAGCUCGGUUAUUACACCCUACUACUCGAUACUAUAUGAAAUGAAUGUUUUACGUAACGUGUCAUGCUGAUCAUCGUCAUCAUUCGACGCGACACUUGUGUCACCAUUGCACGUCUCUGUAUAUUAAACAUGCAGUGGAUCGCACAGCGGUCAGUUUUUCUUCAACAAUCGUUAACCGGACGCACGCGAAGACAGAGACAAUUUUACAGAAUCAUUCGGAAACCAGAGAAUUUUUUCUGUAGCUAAAACUGUGAGAGCAAGACCUUGAAAAAGGAACAGAACAAUAUUGUCACGAACCAUUUUGCCAUCUACUACGACUCCGAUUUUACGAAACGUGAAGCCACCACGCUCGAUACAAAAACAAACAGUAUUAUUAUGAUUAUUAUCCAAGAAUAAAUAAAAGAUAAAUCAAAAAAGUAAUAAUGAUUCAGCUAUAAUAAUUGUAAAUAAGCAUGAGAAGUAAAAGAUACGUACUGCAUUAAAAUAUAGAUGUGUAUGUCAUAUAUAUAAUUAAUAAUACGUGAUUAUAAUUACCUUAUUGAAAUUUGAAUCACAAGACAAUUGCACACUUUGUGAAACGAGACUCGGUUCAUUUGAUACUUCAUAGUGCACCGUAUGAGAUUCCGUAAAUAUGAUAGCAUUGAUCUCUAUUCGUUCCUACGAGUACGCAUCAAUUAAUAUUAUAAUUUUGUACAUACUAUGAUACAUAAAUGUAUAUUGUUUUUAUAAAUUAAGUUUAUAAAAAUUAUAAGAAUCCAAUCUUGAAAUA